AUGGAAGUCGAGACCAAGAGAAAUGAGGAAGGAAAAGAUGUGUUCGACCAUUUCUAUGUGUGUUUCGAUGUGCUUAGGAGAUCAUGGAAAGCUAUGUGUAGACCUCUUAUUGGGAUGGAUGGCACAUUCUUAAGAGGGAAAACUAAAGGACAGUUGUUAGUGGCUCUUGGUCGAGAUGGGGAUAAUUCAAUCUACCCCAUUGCUUGGGCAGUUGUUCAAGUAGAAAAUAUUCCAAAUUGGAUGUGGUUUGUGAAGCAUAUCAAGACAGACUUGGGUUUAGGAGAUGGUGAUGGAUAUAUUAUGGUCUCUGAUCGUCAGAAGGAACUGAUCAAGGCAGUUCAGUUGGAGCUUCCGAAGAUGGAGCAUAGAAUGUGUGUUCGACACAUUUAUGGAAACGUGAAAGCUAAACAUGGAAAGAAGAGUGACAUGAAGCCAUAUAUUUGGCAACUUGCAUGGAGCUACAAUGAGGCGGUGUACAAGGAGAAUCUAGAUAAGCUUUUCAACUACGACUCAGAGGUGUAUGCAGAUGUGAUGAAGACUAAUCCAAUGACUUGGGUUAGAGCUUUCUUCAAGUUGGGGAACUAUUGUGAGGACGUUGAGAACAACUCAACCGAAUCUUUCAACGCCUCCAUUGUUUGUGCCCGUGAAAAGCCAAUGGUACCAAUGUUGGAUACCAUUGCACGUCUUGCAAUGGUGCGUAUCGCUUCUAGAUAUCUGAUUGCUCAAGACCACAAGAGCAUAAGCACACCUUACGUGGUUGAUAUACUUGCUUUGGAGCACAAAAAAGCAUCAGAGUGUACUAUUUAUAGAAGCACAAAUGGUAUGUGGUUGGUGAAUGUUGACUCAUGUUCUUACCGUGUCAAUUUGGAGAAUCGAACAUGCACGUGUAUGAGGUGGGAUAUCACUGGGAUCCCUUGUGAACAUGGAUACGGUGUCAUCUUGGAUAGAAAACUAGAGGCUGAGGAUUUUGUGUGUCACUGGUUUCGGACGACAGUGUGGAGGAGGACAUACGAAGAGGGCAUAACACCAUUGAGAGGAGCACGAUUUUGGCCAACUUCUUCAGCCCCUGAAGUGCAUCCAGCUCCUGAGCCAUACCAGCCUGGUCGCAAAAAGAAGAAAGACAACAAAAGGAAAAAGGGCAAAAAUGAGUCUCCUGUGAAGAAGAAGCCAAAGGCGUUGAAGCGCAUUAUGCAUUGUGGACUUUGUGGUGCGCCUAACCACAAUAUUCGUUUUCAUAAGGAGGGACCCCAUAAGAAGGUAUGA